UAGCUCUGUCGGCGGUUUCUGUGUCGCGUAGGGUUAACUUUAAAAGAUUUGCAAAAGCCCAGUGGUGGAUUUAACCAUGUUGUUAAAAAAAAAGUCAUCCAGUAUACUCAUUUACUAAAAACGUGUUGCAGUGUCAGUUGUUUUGCUACAGACGUAACAUUUUUCUGUUGUCAUUUUGCUUAUAAUUACAUGAUCAUUAUUAUUAUGGUUGUUAUUAACCUUGUUGAGAGUGUUAUGAACGAUAACAUUAGUAUUUCCAAAUAUGAGAAACUAAUUGAAUGACUGUAGUUUACAGAAAUACUGAAUACGUUUAUAUUGAUUUUGUCUCGGGUUGGUAUCAGAACGUGAGUAUAGUGAUUAUAACGUGCAGUGAAAAGUUUUAAAUACUGUCAACAGUCGAGUUAAAGAUAUUCAAGCACGUAAAGAUGCGUACAUCCAGUAGUUAAACUGCACGUCAGUAUUUGUGGCAAGCAAUGACCAGCAAGUGAGGAUUUUUCCAAGCCAAUUGCGAUAAGUACGGAAAUUUGACCAACACAUCGAAGAAGAGGACAUCUUAUCAACCCAGUCAUACCAAUCAUGCUUAGUGGAUUCAAUCACAGUUUGAAGAUAGGUACAGCUUGAAUUGGAUAUUACGAAAAAGAUAUUCAAGUUCAGUCAUUCUGACCGCGAAAAAAUGAGGGUCACUUCCGGUAUUCUUUUGUUCUCAUUCGGGUUUGUUGCCUUCGUAUCAACACGAGACAAUAGUAUAAUGCGAGUUGGAAGUGGCAUCAAGAUUGGGACCAGUGAGAAAGGAUCUGUGAGAGGUGGUAGCUUUGGUACUAGUAGGGUACGUACGGGUAUUCGAAUUGGUGACGCUAGGAUUCAUAAUGGAUCCGCGCGGCAACGAAUAGUUCAGCCGAUUGAAUCAACGGAAGUCCCUCAACUUAUUACUACAUUUUCAUCAGCAACUAAUCAGGAUGUAAUGAAUAACUUGACGGUGGGGAUGAUUGUCCCUUACAAAUCUUUUGGGACAAGAGAAUACACCAGAGCGAUAACGUCAGCCUUAACUUCACUGCAAAGAAGUACAAGAGGACCGAAACUGGGGCUGUUCCAACGAUAUGACAUUCGUGUCAGGAUUGCGAUGAAGCCACUGACACCGAGUCCAAUAGCAAUAUUAAACUCUUUGUGUAAGGAGUUCCUCUCCGUCAACGUCUCGGCUAUCCUGUACCUUAUGAAUUACGAACAAUACGGCAGAAGCACCGCAAGUGCGCAGUACUUCCUGCAGUUGGCUGGUUACUUGGGAAUUCCAGUGAUUGCUUGGAAUGCAGACAACUCUGGACUUGAAAGGAGAGCAUCACAAAGCAGCUUACAGCUGCAACUGGCUCCAUCACUGGAACAUCAAACCGCAGCUAUGUUGAGCAUUCUAGAGAGAUACAAAUGGCAUCAGUUCAGCGUCGUGACCUCACAGAUUGCCGGACAUGAUGAUUUCAUUCAAGCCGUCCGAGAGCGAAUUUCCGACAUGCAGGAUACUUUUAAAUUUUCAAUUUUGAACGCUGUGUUAGUGACAAGACCAGAAGAUUUGUCAGAGCUGGUGAAUAGUGAGUCGAGAGUGAUACUGCUUUAUUCGACGCGCGAUGAAGCUAUCCAAAUACUGAAGGAAGCAAGAAGGCGAAAGAUUACAGGCGAAAACUACGUUUGGGUUGUGACGCAGAGUGUUAUUGAAAAUUUACAAACAUCACAACAUUUCCCUGCUGGCAUGCUUGGUGUUCACUUUGAUACAAGCAGUACGAGUCUGGUGAAUGAGAUCGCAACUGCAAUACGAGUCUUCGCCUACGGUGUUGAGGAUUUCGUCAGUGAUCCAAUUAACGCUAAUCGAAGUCUCAAAACACAUUUGAGCUGCGAAGGCAAUGGCGACUCACGGUGGAACACUGGUGAUACGUUUUUCAGGUAUCUGAAAAAUGUCACCGUAGAAGGUGAUCAAGGCAAACCUAAUGUAGAAUUUACACAAGAUGGAGUUCUGAAGGCCGCUGAACUAAAGAUUAUGAAUCUUCGACCAGGGGUCAACGAACAACAGCCACUAUGGGAGCAGAUUGGAAUAUGGAAAUCCUGGCAAAAAGAAGGGCUGGAUAUCAAGGAUAUAGUUUGGCCCGGUGGCUCCCAUACUCCGCCGCAAGGGGUGCCUGAAAAAUUUCAUUUGAAAAUUACUUUUUUAGAAGAGCCACCCUACAUUAACUUAGCUCCACCAGAUCCCAUUACUGGAAAAUGUCUGAUGGACAGAGGCAUUCUGUGCAGAGUUGCCAAGGAAUCUGACAUAAAUGGUAUUGAUAUAGCAGAGGCACACCGGAAUGAGAGCUUCUACCAGUGCUGCAGUGGCUUUUGCAUUGAUCUGCUCGAAAGAUUUGCUGACGAACUUGGUUUUAUUUACGAGUUGGUCAGAGUGGAGGAUGGUAGAUGGGGCACUUCAAAGAAUGGCAAGUGGAAUGGACUAAUUGCUGAUCUGGUUAACCGAAGAACUGACAUGGUAAUGACUUCUUUGAUGAUAAAUUCUGAGCGGGAGGCAGUGGUUGAUUUUACAGUACCCUACAUGGAGACAGGAAUCGCAAUUGUGGUAGCCAAACGAACGGGCAUUAUUUCACCGACAGCGUUCUUAGAACCAUUCGAUACAGCUUCCUGGAUGCUGGUGGGCUUGGUCGCUAUACAUGCAGCCACGUUGAUGAUAUUUUUAUUCGAGUGGCUGUCUCCCUCGGGAUUCGACAUGAAGAUAAAUCCACCCAACUCACCGCAAAAACCGUUACCCGUGUCACAAAUGAACACAUCGCUAAAUCACCGGUUUUCACUGUUCCGGACUUAUUGGCUGGUGUGGGCGGUUCUCUUUCAAGCAGCUGUCCACGUUGACUCCCCUAGAGGAUUUACUGCUAGGUUCAUGACUAACGUCUGGGCAAUGUUUGCUGUUGUAUUUCUUGCAAUCUAUACUGCCAAUUUGGCAGCAUUCAUGAUCACCCGAGAAGAGUUUCACGAGUUUACUGGCGUCGAUGAUCACCGACUAGCGAAACCAUUUUCACAUAAACCGAUGUUCAAGUUUGGGACCAUUUCCUGGAGCCAUACAGAUAGCACAAUAUCCAAAUACUUUAGAGAAAUGCAUACUUAUAUGAAAGCCUUCAACAAGACUACCGUGUCCGAAGGAAUCGAAGCUGUGAUCAGUGGAGACAUGGAUGCCUUUAUCUACGAUGGAACCGUACUUGACUAUCUGGUAGCACAGGAUGAAGAUUGUAGACUUCUCACCGUCGGUUCCUGGUAUGCCAUGACAGGAUACGGCAUCGCUUUUCCAAGGAACUCAAAAUAUGUACAAAUGUUCAACAAAAGGCUCCUGGACUACAGAGAAAACGGUGACUUGGAAAGAUUGAGACGAUACUGGAUGACGGGAACUUGCAAACCCGGAAAGGAAGUUCAAAAGAGCAGUGAUCCUCUAGCCCUGGAACAGUUCCUGAGCGCGUUUCUUCUCCUUAUGUGUGGAAUUCUAUUGGCAGCAUUGUUACUUUUACUGGAGCACCUCUAUUUUAAAUAUGUUCGGCAUCAUUUGGCGAAAAGUGAUAGAGGUGGUUGCUGUGCUCUUGUGAGUUUGAGUAUGGGAAAGUCCCUGACGUUCAGGGGCGCAGUCUACGAGGCACAAGACAUCCUGAGAUAUCACCGUUGUCGGGAUCCAAUUUGUGAUACUCGUACUUGGAAAGUGAAGCACGAACUGGACAUGGCACGAAUGCGAAUACGUCAAUUGGAAAAAGACCUCGAAAGUCAUGGAAUUAAACCGUCUCAAAUCAAGAGCAAACCGACAAAGCUCAGCUGGUGGAGAGGAUGCCUUCCGACAGCGGACUAUUCUACACACGACUCACUAUUUGCAAUGGCAGCCACCCGUUCGCUACCGCCGUACUUCAAUCCAUUCGUCAACGCUGUGGAAGUGGCCACCCCAAGGGACAUGACGAGGAAUCAUAUAGCAAGCACAGAAUACGCCGGACAGUUUCUGCCAACGGAGAUUUACAGGAUAUUCGACGAAGAUACAUCGAGGACGGAAGUAGCAGAGAUGGAAACAGUUCUGUGAUGUUCGGACAAAAAUGACCAUUUCACCGACAACAACGCUUGUACAUGACAACACCUUUAACAGAAUACUGAUUUAUUAUGAGUAUUCCUACGCAAAGUUGAAGAAGGUGUUGGGUUAUCUCUGAUUAAGAAAUUGAUUAAAAAACUACUUAUGUUAAAUCAAUUCUUACGACUUGAAAUACUAUAGAAGAAGUUCUAUGAAUCAUGUCAAAGAAUCAUUUUUGAGAAGUUAGUGAACGCGUAAGUGGCGGAGAUUGUCUUCCACUUCUUAACUUAUUGCACUUUUUCAGGACAAUCCCGGAGGAUAAGAAGUAUACAUGUCAAAUGUAUCAGAAAAUAUGUGUGGCACAUAUUGUAAGAAUGACACAUUAUACGUAACAACCGCAUAUCGUGUACAUUGAAGAUCUAUGAAAAAUAAUUUCAAUGGAAACGAGAGUGAUUAAACAUUCAUGUAUCUAUAACAUAUAUCUCAGUUAUA